GUACCUUUAAGACUGCAUUGCUGGUUUGACUUUCGACAAGUUUCAAACCGACAAUCUAAACAAAAAAUUUACCGCAGACAAAAAAAAACUAAUUUCGUGCGCAGGUUUUUCGCUUGGCUUUAAUUCCGUCCGUAAUCCAAUUAUUCUAAAUUUUCCGCAAAACCACAGAACAGUGAAUAGUUUCUUGGUUUGUCAAAAUUUGUUAAUUCAUUAGUGUCGAAGCAAACAGCAAACAUGGUUGUAUCAGUGAAAGUAUUUAAAAAAGCGACACCUAACGGAAAAGUCUGCUUCUAUUUGGGUCGUCGUGAUUUCAUCGACCAUUUGGACUAUGUCGAUCCUGUUGAUGGAGUUAUCGUUGUCGAUCCUGAUUAUUUGAAAAAUCGUAAAGUUUUCGGUCAAUUGGUAACAACUUAUCGUUAUGGACGCGAAGAAGAUGAAGUCAUGGGAGUUAAGUUUUCGAAAGAAUUGAUUCUCUGCCGGGAACAAAUUGUUCCUGUGGUCAAUACAAACAUGGAAAUGACACCAAUGCAGGAGAAACUCGUACGCAAAUUGGGUCCUAAUGCUUAUCCAUUUUUGUUCCAUUUCCCACCUUGCUCACCAAGCUCCGUUACAUUGCAACAGGAGGGAGGUGAUGACAAUGGAAAGCCUCUAGGAGUCGAAUAUACAAUUCGAGCUUAUGUCGCCGAUUCGGAAGAGGAUCGUCAGCAUAAGAGGAGCAUGGUCAGUUUGGUGAUCAAGAAACUGCAAUAUGCUCCACCAACUCGAGGUCAGAGGUUACCAAGUUCUUUGGUUAGCAAGGGUUUCACUUUCUCGAACGGAAAAAUCAGCUUGGAAGUGACUUUGGACCGAGAAAUCUACUAUCACGGAGAGAAAGUUGCUGCAACAAUGCAAGUGAACAAUAAUUCGAAGAAAAAGGUUCAAAAUAUUAAGGUUUACAUUGUGCAGCAUUGUGAGAUCACAAUGGUUAACGCUCAGUUCAGCAAACAUGUUGCAUCGCUAGAAACUAAAGAGGGAUGUCCAAUUACUCCCGGAGCCAAUUUGAAUAAAACAUUCUAUCUAGUUCCAUUGGCUUCAAGCAAUAAAGACCGUCAUGGUAUUGCACUUGAUGGACAUUUGAAGGAUGAGGAUGUAAAUUUGGCCUCAGCGACUAUGGUGCAGGAGGGCAAGUCAACUGGUGAUGCCAUUGGUAUUGUGAUAUCUUACUCUGUGCGAGUAAAACUUAAUUUGGGCACAUUGGGUGGAGAAAUUCAGACAGAUGUUCCAUUUAAACUUUUGACACCAGCACCUGGAACUGUCGAAAAGAAACGUGUCAAUGCAAUGAAGAAAAUGAAGUCAAUCGAACAACAUCGUUAUGACAAAGGACACUAUCAAGAUGAUGAUGAUAACAUUGUCUUUGAGGACUUUGCUAAAAUGCGCAUGAAUAAUGCAGAAGUGAAUGAUUAGUGUGGCGAAAGUAAUAAAUAAAUUUUAUUUAUAUUAAUUAAAUAUUUUAUUUAUUAUUAUUAAACAAAAAAAAUUAUUAAUUGUUAAGGACGAACAAAAGUUCUUGAAGAAAAGUGAUAUGAAAGGAUAUUGAGUGAAUAUAUUUAUUUAAAAAUUAUAUUUAUUUCAAAAAGUACAAGAAUAAAAAAAAAACAAUAUAAAUGAUAAUAAUGCGAAACACAACAUGUAUCU